AUGGAUGUACUGGGGCUCCUCUCAGAACAGAUCACAUUGAUAUCAAACACAGGCAGGACGGACUCUGAGCAGUUCCGGAAGCAGUUGAUAGAAAAGGGGUAUCCUGACCCCUGCGCUACGUCCUCUACGACAGGCAAUGACAAUGUCGAUGCUUUUCUCGCUGAAGUGCGUAGUUCAAGCACGUCUGGCAGACUUCUUAUUCCGUGGGCCAAAUUCCAAUUUGACAUGGUCUCCUUGCAGAGGCUUGUUUUAGCAACGUGGCUGAACGACGAUAUUAUACUCGCCUGUUUGCACCUCUCCACCAAGCUGCCCUUUGUUCGCGUGGGGUUCUCAGUCCCCAUACACCGACAGACUGCGACUCGAGCUGGUGGCUUGGUACCGAACUCCUUUCAGAGAGCUUCAAACCUCGUCUCGGAAAAGCGUCAUUCGCUAGAAACUGAUGCUCUCGUGUGGCUAUUCCCUUUCUUUCAGCGUGGGAAUCAUUUCAGUCUCCUGGAAAUCAACGAGCGGGACAAAAAGAUAUACCAUUACGACUCUAUGACCCACAGGGAGAAUUCCGAUAUCAAAACAGCCUGCAAUCGAGAAUUCGAAACCAUGCAGCAGAACGAUUUCCAUAGUUGCGGGCCUUUGGUAAUCAAGAAUGCUCGCGAUCGAAUGAUGGGCCGCCCGGUGGCAUCUGGAGCUUCGCAUACCUACGACGCGAGUGAACUGAGGAUGGCAGCGCUGCGCAUUCUACGGUCGGCAUGGAGUGAUGGUGCAUUGACUGUGGCGCCGAUGAAGGAUGAGGAUAGAAAACGUAAGAUGAACAGAGGGGCCACCGGUAAGGUUCAUAAGCGACAGAAGACGAGGACCAAGCAAUUUGGGGGACGAGUAGUGAUUGAAGUCGAUGAAUAG